AUGAUUGUUUUGGCACUUAUUCCAGUCAUUAUAGUUACUGUUAAUGCAAGACAGACACCUGUUAAACAAAUUUCACCAGUGUUUUAUAUUAUUCCACUUGGUACAACUGGUGGUCUUGAGGAAAACAAUCUAUCAUCUUAUUUACUUACAUCAGUAAAUGAUAAUAAUCCAAAUUCGGCAUACAUAGUACUUGAUGGUGGUACUAUUCGACAUGGAAUUGAAAUAGCAAUUCAACAAAAUUCAUUACCAUCAAAUACAGAUAAAGAGACAUUUAUUCGAGAACAAAUAAAAGCUUAUUUAAUAUCUCAUGGUCAUCUCGAUCAUAAUAGUGGAUUUAUUCUUAAUACUCCAAAUGAUAAAUCAGGAAAAUUUAUUAUUGGACUUAAUGAAACAAUUAAUAUUAUUCGACUAAGUUAUUUUAAUAAUCAAGCAUGGGCUGAUUUUGGUUCAACAGGUCUUAAAACAUAUGAUUAUCAAAUAUUAGAUCCUUUAUCAACAACAUCAGUUCCAAUAAAUAAUACUGAUCUAAAUGUUCGUAUUUUUCGUUUAUGUCAUACUUGUCCGUAUCUUAGUUCAGCUUUUCUUAUUUCUCGUCGCGAUGAACCUUCGGCUUCUAUUCUUUAUUUGGGUGAUACUGGUCCCGAUGAUGUUGAAAAGAUAAUACAACCGGAUAACACAACAUAUUCACCUAGAUAUCUUAGUCAAUUAUGGGAAGCAAUGGCUCCAUUUGUUGUCGCUAAUCAAUUAAAAGCUAUUUUUAUUGAAGUUUCAUUUCCAAAUGAACGUCCAGAUAAUCUAUUAUUCGGACAUUUAACACCUAAUUGGCUUUUAAAAGAACUUAAUGUUUUGAGAACUUAUCAUUCAAUGGAAAAUGUUAAAAUUAUUGUAACACAUAUCAAACCGGAAAAAGGAGCACGUGAGAAAAUUAUUGAACAACUCUCAAGUGAAAAUGCUUCAUAUUUUAAUUUCAUCUUUCCUCAACAGGGUCAAGCUGUUUGGCUUUAA